AUGUCUCGCAAAUCUAGAAAUAACAGACGAAAAACUCAAGGGGAACAUAUAAUUAUCAUAAAUAGAAAUACUCAAGAUACAAAAGCGGUAUUUGACUAUGAAGAGCUACUCCCUCUUGGUGGUGAUGAAACGGUGGGACUUGGAUUAACGUUUCGAGGCGG